AUGAUUAAAGGGUGGAAACGUGACAUUGAAGGUCGACGAGAUGAAGCAAGAAACUAUUUAAUUUCAGGUGAAGGUACUCUGGAAAUACGAGAUGAUGAAACACAGAUUGAAGUCGUAGCCACUGAAAUUCCAACAAGUCCUAUUAAAACGAGAGCUACAAGAGUUCCACCUGUGACUACAACCAAUGCAAUAUUAUUUCCAACAAAACAAGAUAUUAUCAGACAAUUUACACUAAGCACUCAGCAAAAAUAUGCUUUUAUGAUUAUAACUAGUCACUUAGAUGGCGAAAAUCAUGCUUAUACCGGUAUAUAAUAUUUUAUUGAUUUUGUUAUUGAAAGUUUUGAAUAGUCUGGAUAUUUAGAUACUAUCGAUAAUCAGUUAUUAAUGUGCAUACCUGGUUGCGGUGGUACUGGAAAAUCUCAGUUGAUUCGUGCAAUUACCAAAUAUUUCCAAGUAACCAAGAGGGACAAGAUGUUGCGUAAACUAGCACCAACGUCUAUAGCAGCAGCUGAAAUUGACGGAUUAACUAUCCAUUCAUUUUUAGGUGAAAGUCGCAAAAACAGUAAAAAGAAACAAACCCGUACAUUUAGACCUGGCGAUACGAAAUUGGAAAAUGAAUGGCGUCAUGUGAAGUACUUGAUAAUCGAUGAGAUGAGCAUGGUAG